CGUCGUGUGCUCAGCAUGGCCAAGUUCACGCUGCUGCUGCUGCUGGCCCUGGUGGUGCUGGCCGGGCAGCUGUGGCUGGUGGCCGAGGCCCGGGCAGCGCCCUACGGGGUGAAGCUUUGUGGCCGUGAAUUCAUCCGGGCGGUCAUCUUCACCUGCGGAGGCUCCCGGUGGAGGCGGUCAGGCCUCCUGGCCCCCGAAGCUAUGGGGGACGUCUUCUGGGAUGCAGACACUGAUGCAGACAGCCUGGCAGGCGAGCUGGACCAAGCUGUGGGCUCCAAUGAGUGGCUGGCCCUCACCAAAUCUCCCCAGGCCCUCUAUGGUGGUCAACCCAGCUGGCAGGGGACCUCUGGGGCUCUUAGGGGCAGCCGAGAUGUCCUAGCCGGCCUCUCCAGCAACUGCUGCAAGUGGGGGUGCAGCAAAAGCGAAAUCAGCAGCCUCUGCUAGGCCAGCAGCUGAGCAGCCCACGGACACCAGAGGUGGUGCCCCAGCGCGGCUAGCCACUGGCCUGUCUGACCGGCACUUGUCUUUCUCACUCAUUCAUCUUCAAGCCCCAGAGGCCAGGUGCCCUGAGCUCAGCCAGUCCCCUCGCCCCCACACCUUGACCUGGGGCCCUAGGCCAGCUCUGUCCCUCCCUGGCCACAUGGAGAACCCCCAUCUUGACUUCUGACCUCGCCCCAACAUCAUCCAUGUCUCUGCCUGGCCCACACAGUCCCGUGUUCCUACUCUACCCAAACUGGCCCCAGGAAGACCUCUGCUCGACGCAUGGCCCCAACUGUGGUGGCUGGUCCCUCCCUGGCCAACCCACACGACGCCCGCAUGCAAACUUUGCAGCUUCCUUUUCCCUGCCUCGCACCCCCUGUCCCUGCCAGCGCUCCAUGGCUGCGGACCCCGGAGAUGGGGCAGGGUUGUCCCCCAGGUUCCCUUACAACCUGGGAUGGGAGGCGCAGAAUGAGCGUCAGAACCUUCCACGACCCCAAUAAUAAAAGCUCGGAAGCCCUUCA